GGGAUCCCGCGCGGCGCGCGGCGCCCCCCGCAUGCUCCAAAAUGGGCGGAGUCCCAGGCAGACUGUGAAUCCGCGUGCCGGUGCUCACACCUCGCGGGAGCCGGGCGCGCACGCGCGGGGCAGCCUCGGCGCCGUCCCAGCACACGCGGGCCGGCGCACGACACCGCCGCGGUGGCCGCGGGCCAAGCCUCCCAAUAAAUAGCUGGAGGGCAGCCCCGCCCGGGCCAGGGCGCCGCUCGCGACCGCCCCGCGCGGCCGACGCGCCGCCCCUCGCUGGACGAAGCGCGGAACCAACGGCGCCGACGCGCCGCCCCCGGCCCCAGAAAUCAACGGCGACCGCGCCACUCCCACCGGGAGGAACCACGACGAUGGUCCGCAGCACGACGCCCAGCAUAGACGAGACGACGACGCUGACCGGGCCCUGGACCAAGGGCAAGAUCUUGGGACGGGGCGCCGUCGGCACGGUCUUCCUCGCGCAGCUCCACGACGGGCGGCAAGCGGCCUGCAAGCAAAUAGCCACGGAGGGUCUGAAGGGAGAUGAUCUCAAAGCAAUUGUGAGAGAAAUCACAUUAAUUCAGUCCUUACACCAUGCGAACUUGACGCAGUACAUCGGCAUCGAGUACGCGGCGGCCCCGACGCACAAAUUAUCGAUCUUCAUGGAGUUCGCGCCGGGCGGUUCCGUGAGACAGCUCCUGAAGGCGAAAGGCGCCCUCGACGAGUCGAUCUGCGCCUCGUAUAUCGACCAGGUGCUCCAGGGCCUCGAGUACCUGCACACGAACGGCAUCGCGCACCGCGACGUCAAGGGCGCGAACGUUUUGUUAAGUCACGACCUCACGGGGGCGCAACUGGCGGACUUUGGAGCUUCGAAGCGCAUCGAGAAACUCGGCGAGGACGCGUCGGGAGGCGGCGCCUCGGGUUUACGAGGCACGCCGCGGUGGAUGGCGCCCGAGCUCAUCCGGGGCGAGUUGUCCGGCGAUUUGGAGGGCUGGAUCCUGAGCGACGUCUGGUCCGUGGGCUGCACGCUGGUCGAGAUGGCCACGGGCCAGCUGCCCUGGCCCCAGUUCCCGAACCCGAUGGCGGCGAUGUUUCAUAUUUCCCAAGGCAUCGCGCCGCCUUUGGGCUCGACGCAGCUGUCGGCGGCCUGCGCGGACUUUCUGGGGCUGUGCUGCCGGCCGGCGCCUUCAGAUAGGCCGUCUCCCUCGGAACUGCGGACGCACAGCUUCCUUACUUUGUUAGCACGGCGGCCGCCGACGGGUCUCGCACCCAGCUGCGAGCGGCCGGCGGCGCCGCCGGCCGGCGCGGAGCGGCGCCCCUUGAAACCGAAGCGCGCGCCGCCCUCGCCGCCCGCCGGCAGCUUCGUCCAAGUCGAGGGCCGGCCUCGUAACCGGACGACGGCGCCCGCGCCGCGCGACGAGCCCGCGUCGCCCACCAAAAAAGCUUCUCUAGCGGCGGCCUUCCCCAUCCUGCAGCGGCUGGCCGACGCCGCGUCCGAGCUCGUCUCGCCGACGUCUCCCGAGGUUCAGCCGCGGCCGCGCAAGCCCAAAAAAAACAAGCGCCGCGUGCGCCUGGAGCAGAAGCUCGCGCGGCCCGCCCACAAGCCGCCGCGCGAGGCGAGCUCGCCGCCCGUGCUGGAGCGGCCGCGCGCGGCGCUCGCCGGCGACCGCCUCGGGCGCCUCUCGCGGUCCGACGGCUUUAUUAACAUUGGGUCGCGCGUGCGCGACGAGGCGCGGCGCGAGCUCGAGCGCUCGGGGCCGGUGCAGGCGCGCCACUCGCGGUCCGCGCGCGCGGCGACUCGUACGCUGCCGCCCGUGUCCGGCGCGCGGCGCGGCGUUUCGUCGGCGCCGACGAUCCGGUGGCCCGCGGUGCGGCGCUCCAUCUGACUCUUUUGCUUUCGGUCGUGUUCUCCUCUAAAUUUGCUGAUAUGUUAGUUUUACUUUCUCCUAGCGAGGGUAGCGCCUAGGGGAGUCAGGGAAGUUCACCGUAAACGUAAAGUAGUUCUUCCACUCGUAGUCAUGUUCUAGCGCGGGGCUUGAUCGUGACCUCGAAAUCCGCGUUGUGACUGGCACAUGGAGCGUGUGCCAGUUUGGUAUGCGCACGUUAGGUUCU